AUGGUUUACGGAACGGUCGCUGCUAACCCUUGCGGUCCUGGUUUUGGGAGCUGUGGCAAGGGUGAGUGCUGCUCCGAGUUUGGAUACUGUGGUACCACAGAGCAAUACUGCUCUGGAGGAUGCCAGCUUCUCUACAGUCAUGCCUGCGACACCCAGAUCCCCCCGGCCGGCGACAGCACCGAAGAUGUGUCUCGAAGAUUUGUCGGCGACGUCCCAUACGCUUCCACCAUCACCGAUUGCACCACUCCGGGCGUUGUUGCUCUAACCUUCGACGACGGGCCGUACACGUUCACCAACGACCUGCUGGAUAUCUUGGAUGAUUACGGCGUCAAGGCAACAUUCUUCAUCACGGGCAACAACAGGGGAAAGGGCAGCAUCGAUAACGAAGAUACGCCGUGGCCAGGUGUCCUGCGACGCAUGCGCAGUGCCGGACAUCAGCUGGCCAGCCACACCUGGACUCAUCGCAAUCUGAGCGGCGUCGACAUGGAGACCCAGAGGACCGAGAUGAUAUACAAUGAGAUGGCCUUCCGAAACAUCUUUGGUUUCUUUCCGAUAUACAUGCGGCCGCCGUUCCUCGAGUGCAGCUUGCGGACCGGGUGCAUCGAGACGCUCGAGAGCCUCGGCUACCACAUCAUAAGCACCAACCUGGAUACAAAAGACUAUGAGAACGACGACCCUACGUUGAUCGAAAUCUCUAAGCAGAAGUUUUAUACCCUCCAGUCGCCCGACGAAGAGUCUCACGAGUAUAUUGUCCUCGCCCACGACGUUCACCAACAGACGGUCAUUACCUUGACCAAGUACAUGAUUCAGACCAGCAGAGAGCGAGGAUAUAGGCUUGUGACCGUUGGCGAAUGUCUUAACGAUCCGCCCGAGAACUGGUACCGCUCAGCCUGAGCCCU